AUGACGAUGAUUCAAGAUAAUGCUUUGAAAUUAGGUGUUGAAAAGUAUGGUAAUUCAUGGUCAAGAAUUGCGAGUGAUCAGCAACUGAAUUUAAUACAUCGGACUGGACAAGACCUAAGAGAUCGGUGUAGAGUUGCGUUCCCUGAAACUUACGCUCGCUUUAUUAAAUCACGAAAGUCAAAUUAUAUUGAACAACCGGAUUCCCAAAUCCUAAAGAAGUUUUAUGCAUUACCAUUCCGAACUUUACAAAAAUCAGAAUCGCCCGAUGUAUAA